CACUUCCACAGCGCGACCCGCGCGCCCCCUGCUCCCUUUUCUUGCGUGUCCGGCUCUUGAGUGCGCGCGCUUCCCGCGUGCUCCAUAUGUGGAGUGAACGGCCCAGCGGAGCGGAGUAAUGCAAGAUGGGAGUGGUUCCGUUAUGAGGUCACGGAGAGGCACAGAGCGGAGCGCGCGCAGCAACGGCAACACAGAGAGAGAAAGAGAGAGAGAGAGAGAGAGAGAGAGAGAGAGAGAGAGAGAGAGAGAGAGAGAGAACAUGAGCUGUGCGACAGAGGCAGGAAACGUUUUAUUCACGCAACCUUAAGUCGAGCGAAUUCUUGACCGACGACUUGUUUUUAUAUAUUUUUUUUUACUUCUUUGAAAAGAAAGUAUCAGCUAUUAUUCAGCGAUCUUGGUUGGAACAGGAAGAAAUUCCCCUCCUUGCGUAAUAGAGAGAAGAAGAAAAAAACAGACCGAAAAGACUCCGGUGCAUGAGAACGGAGAGGAAAGUUUUCCUGUCUGAAAAGCGUCUGAACUCGGCUGAGAUCCAGGCGCGUGAACCAUGCACGCGUUGUCCAGCGUGGGGUAGCUGCGUAGUGUCCUGCUUUUGAAGGGAUUUCGGAGACCGCUGCAAAGUUUAAAGGGGUUUGUUCUCAUGCGACAGCAGACGGACGGUAGAAACGGAUCCCGUCACGCGCUCGCUUAGAGCCAUUGUUUAAGCUUUGAUUUUUUUUUUCCGCUGAGGGAUUCUGCGUUCCAGAGACACAACUUUGUUGGAUUUACACUUAUAUGUCUUUCUACUUUUCCCCCAUGAUCUCUUCAUCAUCGUUCCCCACCUUCAGGAUGCACGUUGUUCUGAAAUGCGCGUUGAUCUCGCAGUUCGCGCUGCUGCUGCUGGCCACAAGCGGCCAGGCGCUGUUGUGUUUGCCCUGUGACGAGUCCAAGUGCGAGGAGCCGAAGCAGUGUGUCGGCGCCGUGGUACCUGGUAUCUGUGGCUGCUGCUCCGUGUGCGCCAAGCAGAAGAACGAGAGCUGCGGCGGUGUGUACGGCCUGUACGGCACGUGUGACGCGGGGCUGCGGUGCGUGAUCAGACCUCCGCUCGACGGCGGCUCCAUCACGCAGUACGAAGUCGGAGUUUGCGAAGAUGAAAACUGGGAUGAUGACCAACUCUUGGGAUUUGAACCAUGCAACGAGAACCUGGUUACGGGCUGUAACAUAAUUGACGGGAGGUGUGAAUGUGACAGUGUACGGACAUGCAACAACCCAUUUGAGUUUGCCAGCGAGGAGUCUUGUCAGACAGCCCUGAAGAAGAUCGAAGAGGAGAGGCCAGACUGUUCUAAAGCCAGAUGUGAGGUCCAGUUCUCUCCCCGUUGUCCUGAGGACUCAGUGCUGAUUGAAGGUUAUGCUCCGCCUGGUGAAUGCUGCCCUCUGCCCAGCCGCUGUGUGUGCAGUCCUGCUGGCUGUCUGAGGAAAGUCUGCCAACCUGGUUACCUCAACAUCCUUGUAUCCAAAAGCUCUGGUAAACCUGGAGAGUGCUGUGACCUGUACGAGUGCAAACCAGUUUUCAGUGUAGACUGCAGCACGGUGGAAUGUCCUCCCAUACAGCCCAUGCAGUGUCCGGCAGAUAGCUAUGAAACACAGGUCAGGCUCACGGCAGACGGCUGCUGCACACUACCCACCAGGUGUGAGUGUUUGCCUGGAGUUUGCACAUUCCCACAGUGCUCAGCAGGUACCCUGCCCCACUUGGGCUCCCGUGGUGAUGGAACGCCGGGACGGUGCUGUGAUGUGUAUGAGUGUGUCAAUGAGACUAAGCCGGCCUGUAUCUACAACGGAGUGGAAUAUCGUGAUGGUGACAUGUUCAGGAUGGACGCCUGCCAUUUCUGCCGCUGCCAGGGCGGCGUGUCUGUGUGUUUCACAGCACAAUGCGGCGUCCUCCACUGCGAACGCUACUACGUACCAGAGGGAGAGUGCUGUCCUGUGUGUGAAGAUCCGAUUUUCCCUGCACUGAAUUUUGCCGGCUGCUAUGUGAAUGGCCAGAUCCUGGCUCAUGGGGAUCACUGGCGGGAGGACGACUGCACAUUCUGUCAGUGUGUGAGCGGUGAUGCCCGUUGUGUAGCUGCUGCCUGCGGCCAUAACUGCCUCCACCCGGUCACAGUGCCUGGAGAAUGCUGUCCUGUGUGUGAGGAGCCUACCUAUAUCACCAUGGCGCCCCCUGGCUGCACCUUGCUGGAGAACUGCACGCUGACAGAGAUGGACUGUGCCUCAGGCUUCCGACUCGACUCUCAUGGAUGCCGCACAUGCAGCUGCAGAACAAGAGAGGAUCUGUGCAGUGCUCUGAUCUCAGGCUGCACCUUGAAGUGUCCGCUCGGCUUCCAGUUAGACGCCAACGGCUGUGCCAUGUGUCAGUGCCGGCAUCGCCACAAGAAGUGCAAACCGGUAGCCUGCACCAAGGACUGCCCCUUCGGCUUUGUUAAAAACAAGUAUGGCUGUGAUACCUGUCGCUGUAAAAAAUGCCCUGAAUUGCCAUGUGAUAAAUCCUGUCCAGUGGGCUUCCAGCAGGACGAGCAGGGCUGUCUCAUUUGCCAGUGCAGAGACCAGGGUUCUUCAUCUUUUGGUCCAUCUGUUAAGCUGGGCUCAUGUCUCUCUAUGGACGGUCGGAGACAUGAGAACGGUCAAAGCUGGCACGACGGCUGCAGGGAGUGCUACUGCCAUGAUGGCCGAGAGAUGUGCGCUCUGAUCUCCUGCCCUGUGCCUAACUGUGACAACCCGAGCAUCCGCUCCAGCCAGUGCUGCCCCUCCUGCCCAGAUGAGUCUGGCUCUCACAGGCCGGAACUGAGCGAGGCGUCCGUUUGUCUCGCCCCGGGUGGAGAGUACUUUGUGGAAGGAGAGACGUGGAACAUUGACUCAUGUACACAGUGCACAUGCCACAGCGGCCGUGUGCUGUGCGAGACCGAGGUUUGUCCUCCUCUUCUCUGCCAGAGCCCAGUCAGGUCACAGGACUCCUGCUGUCCACACUGCCCAGAUGAGCCUCUGACUCCGCCAGCUCCCAGCAACACCAGCAUGCCCAGCUACUGCCGCAACGAGGAGGGGGACAUAUUUCUGGCAGCCGAGUCCUGGAAGCCCAACGUUUGCUCCAGCUGUGUGUGUGUGGAUGGAGUCAUCAGCUGUUUCUCAGAGUCUUGCCCUCCGGUCAACUGUGCCCGGCCUGUCCUGCGCAAGGGCCAGUGCUGCCCUUAUUGCCUAGAUGCUACACCGAGAGCUGUGUGCCACUUCAACGGGAAAACAUUUGUGGAUGAGGAACGCUGGGACAUUGACAGCUGCACACAUUGCUACUGCUUGCAGGGCCAGACGCUGUGCUCUACAGUCAGUUGCCCUGCCCUCCCCUGCCACCAGCCAGUCAUAGUGGAGGGCAGCUGCUGCCCCUUGUGUCCAGAGACAGUCCCCACUAAUAUACCCAUAGAGAAGACAGACCAGCAUGGAGACAGACUGAAACAUCGACCUGCGUGGCCUACACACAGCGAGAAUGACAUCAUGCCCCAGUUUAGAGGGGACUUUGGCAGCCUGCAGAUGCCGUAUCUGGACGGGAAGACACCAGUGCGCAGUGAGGAUGCCAGCCUCCAUUGGGCCUGGGUGGCUUUGCCAAUCCUCAUGAUGGUGCUAACUAUCGCCACCCUGCUACUAGUCAAUCAGAGGAAGCAGUGGAUGCAUGUGCCUUGCUAUCCCACACAAUCUAAGACCACGUGUCUGAAUAACCAGCUGGUAUACGUUGAUUGCCAGAAAGGGACGAAGGUACAGGUGGACAGCUCCCAGCGCAUGCUGCGCAUCGCCGACCCCGACUCACGCUACAGUGGUUAUUACAGCAUGCAGAAACAUAACAACCUGGAGGCAGACAACUUCUACCAGACUGCGUGAGCGAGCGAGAGCGGCCUGCGACCAAUCAGAGAGAAUUUAGAGAGAGACAGAGAGACUGGGGUCAGCCGCCAAACCUAGAGAGCACAUUAACAGAGACCUAGAAUUAAAAAGCUAUUAUCAUGGCUAAGAAAAUCCAGUGAUGGACAGUGCAACCAAGCAGAGAAAAAAGAACAGGGUUAAGACCCUGGUUAAACACAAUAAUCAUAAUACCCACAUUAAUCGAACGCCACUCCAAACCGCACGCAGACGACUGAAGGUCUCAUCAGGACGUGAUCAUGUUGCCAAGUCAGUCACUGCAGGACUGUAUUUAUUUGAAUGGGAGGUGCUGAGUGCAUUUCCUGGGAUAUUUUUGUGUACGUUAUAGUGAGAAUGUGUGUGUGUAAGUGUGUGUGUCUGUGGUUGGAGGCUAUUGAGCUCAAACAUACAUACUUGGGAUUAGGGCAGACUGGGGUGUUUUUGAAAAGUGAUAUUUUUUGUGCAUUCCUGUUUUUUUUUUUAAUUAUCAUUAUUUUACACAGAAAAAAAGCUAUUUGAAAUGUUUUUGAAGAAGAAAAAAAAAGAAAUCAAGUGCUUGGUGUGAAUGUUGAACCAAAGCUUCUCUGGGAGGGAUAAGUCUCCAUGGUAGAGAAGAUACUGGACUAUGUGGGAGAAGGUGAGACGUGAGAAGAGAAAGACAGACAAAACAAGGUGAAACAGAAUGAGGGAGCAGACCUGCUAGGACAUUUCCCUCUUCUUACAAAGGCAGGGCUCAACCUUUUUUUUUUUUUUUUUUUUAAAGAGCAGCUCAGUUGAAAUUUGAUGUUCCUGCUUAGGUGGAUUGGUGUUGGUCUCUCUGCUUACAAUUCUAAGCUUUUUUCCCCUUUCACAUUACAGUCUUUUUUUUAUUCUUCGACAGAAUGAAUAGAUGCUUUCUCACACUCCCAGCAACAAUAUACAUUGUGAGAAAGGGAGUAUAAAGGGUUGUUACAUGGGAUAAUUAUAAGAGGUAGUUAUACUGGUUUGAUGAGUCUAUGCUACAAGUGCUGCUUUUUUUCGCUUUAAUUCUGUAGGUCUUGUUUUCUACAGGUUGAGCUGUAGUAUCAAUCACAUACCUGGGAAACAUGCAAGGAAACACAAUCAAACCAUAUGACAAAAAGACUUUGCUAGAGGACAUUUGUUAAAGGCCAAAAAAUGCUCUUUAAUCAAUUUCCCUUGUUUCUUAUAGAUAAUGAAACAGCAUCCUUCUUUGGAGGCUUUAAAAUGCUUUGAAAAGCACUUUUUUUUAAUCCUUGCUUGAAAAAAACAACAACUCUGCUACCAAAUUGGCUUUAAAAUCCUACAUUUUAUGUACAUAUUAACGCUAUAAUGAAUAGACAUGAGAUAUCGUGUGAGUAUAUAUGUGUGUGUAUGUUUGUGUUAGCAUGUAUGUACGUGUGUGCACACAAACGCACAUGCAUGCGCACAUUGACUCUGCUUCACCUGUAAAGUUCUGUUUCAUUUUUUUCUUACUGAAUGUAUUUAUGACUGAGUUUAAAAAAAAAAGAGAGAGAUUUCUAUCUACGGAAAUCUGAUCACGACAGGCAUUCCAUUGCCUAGCUUUUAUGAUAGUAAGUCGAAAGACGGACCCACCGAGAAAAAAAAAGAAGAGACAGAAAGAAAAAGACAAACAUCUCAUUCUAUUUGUUGUUUCCUAUUUUGUCGUUUUGUUUUCAACUUGUUUUUCUUUCUUAUUUCCUCUGUUUUGUUUUUUUCCUUUGUUUUGAAUGGAGAGGUCCUCCAACUGACCCAAUUCAACACUGUUUUCAACAGUCCCAUGUUGAUUUGCCCAACUUAAAGAGCUGUUCUUAUGUCCCAGUGGUCCUGUGAGGAGAUGCACUUUAAUUGCUGAGGUGUUAGUAGUGUUUUAAGCUGAUGAGAGGCUCAACACCUGAACCUGGAAAACAUCCAUGUCACACAGCCUCUUGACCUGCUUCUGAAUAUGCAUAUGCAAUUAUUUCCUUUACCCAAUGAGCUAAUCUGUCUUGAGCAAAUAGAUUUUUCAGAUAAUUAAUAUACUGUGGUGACGAUGCCAGGUUCUGCUGGAUUCAGCCACAUUGUGAUAUGUUUGAACUCCAGUCCCCAACUACUGCUUUGACCAGUAAUGCUGUGUACGCUGACUGAUCUCUGGCCAUAGUGAAGGCCAGUAAAAAAGAUAAAAGACAUUAUAUAUAUUAUAUAAUACAUACUCAUUUAAUGGUGCAGAUUUAACAACAACAAGGCCACUUCCUCAAGUCCACCAGACGAGAAGGAGAAAGAUGGCAAGCAAGGUCUAGAGGUUUUGUUGUUGUUUUGGGAUAUUUUACAACUACACAACUGGGGUCAUGUUCACAAGGUGUUGACUUCACUGCUGGUACUUGGCAAGUAAACAAGCACAUGGAAAUGCUCCACUAGGUACAAUAUAUCUGAUAAUAUGUGUCAGUGUGCAUAAAUACACUCAUUAACUUGGCAAGCUAUUAGAGCUACACACAGUUCAGAGGAAAGUGAUCAUGUAAAUCGCUUAAACAGCACUGCGCUCUCAAGGACAAGUGCCUUUUAAUUAAAAGAUAUACUUCUUAUUAUUCCCUCCAACCCUUAUGUUAGUAGUAGACACUCACGUAGGUGAUAAGUGCAAGUCAACAAGGGCAUGUUGAAAACAGAUUUGAACUGCAGGUCAUGUCUCUUUGCUCCUUUCCUUGCUCUAUUGAUCUGACAGUGCGAGUUGUCGGUUUGCGGCUCCGUUGUUUUUCUCAGUCACAGGCCCCUGCAGGCGUCAAAAAUACUAGAACCUCGGCACACAAGUCGAAUCCCAAACAUGGAUGCUUGUUAGGCAUUAUGCAGGGUGCAAAACCAGUGGUUCAUACCUUAUGCAGAUUCGGUCAUAGGUCAUAAGUUAAGUCAUGGAUCGAACCAAACGCUGUUGAGAAGCGGGGGAGGGGCAGGGCUCUAAAGCUAGUUCUUGUUGGUUGUGUCUAAAAUAUCUUGUCUGAUAAUGUUUGUAGAACUAUACUUUUGGCACUUUUAUAUAGUUUAAUGAGUAACUUCUGGGUUUUUCUUUUGUUUUUGUUUUUUUUUUUCUAACAAAUGCUUUUCAUAGAAAAAGUUGCCCUUUUGUGUUUUUAAAACCUUGCGGGACCCUUUGAAGGGCAGCAGUUUGUCGUGUGUUUGUCUGUAUGUAUAUAUAUAUAUAUAUAAAUACAUACAGACACACACUAGUUUUGACAGUUUAUGUAAGCAUGAUGCGGUACUGUGAAGGGGAAAUGAGUGAACAAAAUGGGAAUAUUUACUCUUUAUCUUCAGAGAGUACAUAGAGAGUGAGCUAUAAACCUGCUUCCCUCUGGUGAAAUCACACAGCUUCUCUCCACCGUGUAAACACUACCGCUUAUUGAACGUUCUGACUCUCAGUCACGGCCAGUGCGGCGACUCGAGAUAAACAAGCAGUAGAACAGAGAGCCACAUCAACAAUUGUUUUGUAGACUAAAGCCACAAAGCUGAAUUCCAUCCUGAUAUGACAAUUUUUUUAGUAAGCUGAAUUAAAAUUGAUGAAAACAUUAUAGUCAAUAUGCAACUCAAUAAAUUCAGCACUGCUUGUUACAAAGCAACAUAAAUCCUCUUAAACAGGAUUUAUAUACACCACUACUACCUAAUCAAACGUCUCGGUGCAGACGUAUAGAAUUUUGGUUGUCUCUGUGGCCUUAACUAAUGACUAAGGAGCUCGGUUGACUGAUUGUAGUUUCAACACUUUUACCUGUUCAUAGGGUCUCGCAGGAUCUUUUAUUUUUUUAUUUAAAAAAUUUUCAGUGCAUCCUUCAAGUAUUGUUGUAAAUACUUGAGUGUCACUCGCCACAACAAAAUAAAAUAAAUUAAAAAAAAAAAAAAACAGACAAAAAAGGUUGGAAAGAGGUAUAAUUUUUUUUUUUUUUUUAAGAUUUAAUUUAUUGUUUAAAAAUACCUUCGUAAUUUAUUUACAAGCAGAACCGUUGAGCAUAUAUACGAAUUUUAAUCAAAGACACAGCUGAAAUCAUGCGACAGUUUUAGUGUUGUCUUGGACUCUAAACAAACGUUUUAAGAAUGGUUCAAUUUGAUGAUAUGGGACACACUUCAUCCUCCACUGUUAGGCUGUUUUUCCCUUUUUCCCAUUUUACUCUUCUCUUGGAACGCUGCUCUUUCCAUUUGGGAAAAAAAGGCAGGCCUGGUCCUGUGUUCCACUAAGUAAGCUGAAUAAAUUUAGAGACAUUUCUCACCUGAUUUCUUCCUUCCUACUCAGUCUGUUCAGAAAAAAAAACACACACACACACACAGAGGCUUUUUUAACUUUGUAUACUACUGGUGUUGUAUGCUCAUGUAAAAAAAAAAGUAAGAAUUGUUGAUAUUGGUAAUGAUAUUGCAGAUUUCUAAAGAGGGUAGAUGAAGAUUUGACUCAGAAUUCCUGUAGCACAGCAGAUCUUUUCAAUUUCUUGUAUUAUUUUGUUUGUUUCUUCGCAGCACAAUAAAUACUUUUUAAAUAGUUA